UAAGAAAGGAUUACAAAUGUCUUUUUCUAAAAGUGAUGUGAAAAGUUAUGAUAAUACCACAGUAGAAUGUAACAAAAAUCUGAUUACAAGCUUUUAUAUUGAUAGUAAUGAAGAAUUUCAAACAUUCAUUUCUAAAAAUCUUUACAUUGAUAGUAAUGAAGAAUUUCAAAAACUUCUAAUGUAUCUUUCUAAAAGUGUUGUGGCAAGUGAUGAUGAUAUCACAGCAGAAUAUAACAAAAAUCUGA